UAAAACGAAGCGUUUUUCGGUUUUGAAAAUUGAACAUUCGUGAAAAUAACCUAGUACGAGUGCCGGUAUGGAGUCUAAAAGUGAAAUAUUCUCCAAAAGACUGGUAACAGCAGUGCUAUGGAAUCUCGGACUCCAAAUAUUUCUGGCUGUUGUGUUGGUGUUUUUUAUUCAGGUGGAUAUUCUACAUCCACUAUCAUGGUUUGCUUCGACCUUCAAUGACAUAUUUGGAUGGAAAAUGAGCCUGAAUAUUGUGCUGCUGGGAUUGGUUUCGUUUUUUCAAGCAUACAUUUAUGGCAGCUACUACAUGGUUCCUUUGCCUAAGUACUUCACCAGAUUUUCAAUGUUUUUGAAUUUAUUCACAACCCAAAAUGUCAUAUUCAGCAUUUUGUAUGCAUUAAGUGGUUACUUUACAAUGAGCCUGUAUUCAUCUCUUGCUAAAAGCAACUUUAAUGUUCUGAAAAAGAAAUGUGAACAUUAUGAUGGCCAAUGUCUCAUGGAGCAAAGUCUAUUUUUACAGUUUGGUGGGAUGUGGAUGGGUCUGUAUUAUUUCUUAAAUGCACACAUUUUCAGUACACCCAUGCUAAUGUUUCCACACGUGUAUCAAAAUAAAUUCCAACAGUUAAAACAAGCUAUUGGAAGAAUAUUGUCUAUGGGUUUUAAGAAUUCUGUAAUGCCUGUUGUGUAUUUCUGCAUGUUUUAUUACUUGUGGGGCCACAAGCCCCGGAGUGUUGUUUCUGAUGUCUACAGUUUGUACUUGGAAGAUGCUCCAUUGGAUAAUAUAUUAAACUUAAUAAGAUCUGGCAUUUGGAUUGGACUCUGGUUCUACACCAGCUUGUUUUUCAUCUCAGUGUACACCAUGAGAACCAUCUUUAACAUAGUGUUGACAGAACCAAUGAAGUUUCAAAUUGAAUCAGAAACUGGUCUGACCCUGUAUGCUGCAUUAGCUCAGAGAACACAAUUUACUGGAUAUUUAGGGGCUCAAGACUUGAAGAUAGUGUCUCAGGUGGACUCUACCAGAAGAAUGCAGGUCUUUACACUGUCACAGCCAGGAGGCCAUCCAAGAAAUUGGAAUCAUAUCUUAGAAACUUGUUUAAACAUAAUUAAUAGCUAUACAAAGGAAUUGGAAAAUAUUAAUAGUGAUGUAAAACCAAUUGAGGUUGGGAAUUCACAAAAGAACAUGAACAUCACACCCCCUUCAGGAACACUUUAUUCUGGAAAUUUAAGAAACUUGGCACAAACUCCUGAUAUGCCAAAAGAUUAUAAUUAUAAUCUUAAUAAAAAUAAAGUUAAUGAGAUGACAUUUGCAAAAGCUCUUAAAGAAGAAUUCAAUGGUUUGCUACAGAGGAUCUGCCAGAAGCCAGGAAUCAGUUACUUCUUCGGGGAGCUGACUGACACCAAACUCAAAUUCCUGCUAAUGCAGGCUCAGCCAGUCAUGUGGACAUGCGAGGGCCUGGCAUUCAUUGUGGCCGCAUCCUUAAAGGAAGAUAAGUAUGGUGUGGUACAGAAUGACUUGCCAAUUGUGAUUUCAGCUUUAAUAAAUCUCAAGAUCAAUUUAGACAAGUUAACUAAACUAGGAUUGGUGCCAAAGAAACACAUCCUGAAUGAUGUGUUUGCUAUCAAAAUGAAGUCUGCCCUCAUGACUUCAGUUAAAAGGAGUAUAUAUAAAAUAGUUAUCACUUUUUCAAAGUAUUUCCAUGAAAUACCUAUGGAUCCUGAUGUACACAUUGCUGUUCAACCAUUCUUAUUGUGUAAAGAACCCUGACUGUUGUAGAAUAUUUUACCUUCUUAAUGUUAAUGAUUAAUUAGAUUAGCUAUGUUUAGAAUUUGUUUUAGUUAAGUAUGUGGCAAUUUAGAUCGAUUAUACUCUCCAUGAAAUACUUUUGUAUGGUCAAAACUAUUUGUCUACUGUAUUGAAACUCAAAAAUAUAGUCUAGCAAGAGUGUCACCAGCCUGAUAGUUGAUAUUGCAUAGUAUUUCUCCU